CUUUCCAUCCACUGGGGCUCGGUGCACACGGCUCUAUUGACUCCGACUUGGAAAUGGGGACCCGGGGCUGGAAGCUCUAUUUCUGUUUGUCAACUCUUCAAGGUUAAAGUUCCAAUCUCCUAAAGCCUUGGGAUAACAGUAUCUGAUAUAAUACAGAAUCAAGUAUAAUGGUAAAUACAUUUUAGACUCGAAGAGGAUUUAUUAUUGGAAGUACACAAAGGAUAUUAUUCUACUUGCAACAUAGUUCUGUGACAUGGACUUCAAGGACAGUAUUACAUCAAGACUUGAUAUUUCUUCUGGAUUCCUCUCCCACUUACCUCCUAGUGUGGUACUCAGUAAACAGAACGCCUUUCUUUUUAAAUGUUGUUGACUGACAAAUGCCCUCAGAGGUAGGUGAAACUGCCUCUUCUGUCUCACAUCUGAGCAUCAGUUACUUGCAUUCAUCCUUUACACUGUAACACAUUCCUCAUCACUUUUGUGAACCAAUUUUACCAUGAAAUAAACACAAGGGACAUAAACAUUGAAUCCAGUUAUUUUUGCCUGGAAGUAGGGUUACUAUCUGCUACUGCUCAUCCAUCUUCAAAAUCUAUCAUGCCUACAGCCCUUUGCCCCAGAGUCUUGGCCCCAAAGGAGCGAGAGGAACCUAUUAAAAUGAGGAAUCCCCGAGGGCAGGACCCUAACCCACAGACAGAACCCCCUGGCCCUGAAUCCUUCCGAAGGCUCUUCCGACGUUUCCGCUACCAGGAAGCUGCUGGUCCUCGAGAAGCUCUAAGACGGCUUCGGGAACUCUGCUGGGGUUGGCUAAGGCCAGAACAACACACCAAGGAGCAAAUUCUAGAGCUCCUAGUGCUGGAGCAGUUCCUGACCAUCCUGCCUGGAAAGAUCCAGAAUUGGGUCCGAGCCCAGGAGCCAGAAAGCAGUGAGCAGGCAGUCGUUGUGGUGGAGGAUUUGGAGACAGAGCCUGGGAGACCAUGGCAGUGGCUCCAGCUCUCUGAGGAUCCUGUGGUGAUUGAUGAUGGUGAUGGGUCCCCUGCCCUAGUUCGGGCGCCGGAACAGGAAAGACUCUUGUCAGACACAGCAUCCCCUAUGGCAGCAUCAGAGCCCUCACACAGCCUGACAAAGAGGCGGGUCUGCCAUCCUCCAUCCCAAGAAGAAGGGUUGGGGAACCCAAACCCAAGAUCAGCAGAGCAGCUCAAUAGGGGUACUGAUGAAGGGCCUCCAUUUACAAAAGAAUCAGGGAUGGCUCUCUGGGAGGAGGAGGGAUAUGUUGGGAAAAUUUCAGUACCCCCUCCUGUUUCCCAAAUUCCUUUAUUUCCUGAGGAAGGGAGUUCUGAAGACCAGGAAAAAGUGACCUCACUUCAUUUGUCCCAGAACCAUGUGACUCAGCUCAAGGAUGUGAUCCUGUGUUUCUCUGAGGAAGAGUGGUCUCUUCUGGACCCUGCUCAGACUGGCUUCUAUGGAGAAUUCAUCAUAGAGGAGGACUAUGGAGUCUCUCUCCCCAUGAACUAUCCAGGUCCCCAGCCAGUCCCAGAGAGAAUAAAUGAAUUGCCCAAGGUCAUGCAACUACCAGAUUCCCGGGUAGAAGAUGAUGAGCCAUGUGGCCCGGAAUUCCAGGGCCCCCAGGAUAAGGAGAUCCCCAAAACUACUUGUACAGGAGAUAACAGCUUUAACAAGAAGGAGAUGCCUCAGCAGAAAAGUCUAGGAGAGGAAGUUUCCAUUGAGAUUGUAUUAUCCAGUUCUGGAGAUGAGGAUCAACAGAGUCAGUCCUGCAGAGAAGAUCUUCCAGGCUCCAAGAGGAGGAGACGCAACCCUUCCCUAUCUCACAAGAAUAACAUGACUGAUUUCAGAGAUGCUGUCCAUACUCAGGUUGAGACUACAUCAAGGAAACCUUACACAUGCCCUGAGUGUGGGAAGAACUUCCGCUGGAGGGCAAACUUCAUCAGGCAUCUCAAGAGCCGCAAGGAAGAGAAGAAAAUUCAUGAGUGUCCUAUCUCGGAAACAUUCACUGAAAGUGAGGAUCUCAAGAACACACGAGAGACCCAUGAAACUAAGAAGCCCUACAUAUGUGGUGAAUGUGGAAAAAGUUUCCGCCUCAGUUCCCAUCUUGUCUCCCACAGCAGAAUGCAUACCCAGGAGAAAGGGCCUGAACUAAGCAAGAAAGAGCCACAAGAAUCAUCAUCAUCGUCAUCGUCAUCGUCGUCAUCUAGUCCAUCAGAAGAAAUGACAAACCCUACCAUAUUUGGAGAGGAGAAGAAAGAGCAAACACAUAAGUGUUGUUUUUGUGGAAAAGCCUUUGAGCAGCAUGACCACCUGGUCCAGCACAGCAGCAUUCACACAAAAGAUAAGUCCUUUAAAUGUCGAUACUGUGUCAAAAGUUUCUUUCAUAAGCAUGAUCUCAUUCGACAUCAACGAGUACAUAUGAAGCGCUCUAAGCAAGCUCUGAACUCAUACUAAAUUCCUUUUACCCAAAUAUGCUGGGAACAUUAGAAAAAGCCUUAUGUCACUAGGUCACUGUGAUCCCACUAUUGUGACUUUGUUAACAACUAUUACUGAAUUGUACCACUUUGUGUGCUAACACAGACUUAUUUCUAUUCAUUCAUACUCACAUACAGAGACCAUAUAAUUAUUCCUUUACUCUGCAACAGUGUCCAUAUAACAAUACAGUAUUCAAUAGGCAUACAAAACAUGAGUAAUGCAGUCAAUUAGCUGCCCCCCAAUUGCCAAAUAAUUGGUUGUUCAUUUCCGCCCCCCCCACCCCCAUAUCCCCUGCAUUUCUCAUUAUACUGAUUUGGAAAUGAAAUCAAUUCAUUGCUUUGGCAUCCUAUAGAUAAAUUCAUAUAAACCUGGAGGAGCAUUUCUUUCCUGCCCUUAUGAGCUUCUUUCUGCCUUCUAUACCUUUAAAUUUAAUCUUUCUUACUGUACCUUUUUGUUUAUUAGUAGAAGCUCUAGAGCAUGAGUUUCCUCUAGGAGCCAUGGCUAUAGGAUGGUGAGUAAAUAUAGGUUUACUUACAGAACCAACCUAAAGCUCAAGUCUCCCAAAGUGAACAGUUUUUACUAGACCUUACCAUCUCAUGAGCUACCUUCCUCUCCAAAGCAAGUCAAGCAAAUCUCUGUGCUAAGCCACUAGACAGUUUCAAGUCCUUGCUGCUCCUCUCCCCCUUAUACCUCAGUGUCAUCAAUGCAAAUGAUAACCUCUCCUUCCUGACCCCCCAGUACUUAUACAAUAAGUACACAUGGCCCUAUGGCCUUUAGGGGGAUUUUAUUUGAUUCCCAAGCCGAUUUUGUGGCUACUCAAGCCUACUCUGUAGAUUAGGAAAACAUUUCACUUGUGUUAUGUUUUGUCUUCCCACUAUAUAUAUAUAUAUUUAAAUUUCAUGUGGCCCAAGCUACUCUAACUCAUAUUUCCAUUCUGAACACAUCUCUUUGCACGUAGAAAGUAUCUCUUGCUGUUUCUAUUUUGCUUUAAAAAGUCAAAUUUUAACCUGGGUAGAUCAAUUCGGGGAAAAAGUGGUGUUAUGGGGACAUAAACAAGGUGCUCACCUAUAAAACUGAACCUUCUGGAUAAACUCAUGAAUUUGAGCUAAUAGUCCAAGUAUAAAUCAGGGAAGAUAAACAAAUUACUACCCACUCAUAAUAUUUAAUGACCUUGGUACAGCAUAAGCCCCCAACUAUAUUUAUAGUAGUAAUCAAGAUUGUAGCCUAGGAUUCAAACCCUCUCAGUACUUUGGAACCUUCAGCCAAGAUAGUCUUCCUCUCAUAAGCCCUACAGUUCUUUGAAAAGAAAAAUUCCAUCCAUACUUGAAUGGCCAAUGAAGUACUACUAGGUAGUGCUCUUCUGAGGCAUGGGGAUGGGAUGAAGCACAAAGGAGGGUGAGAAUAUAAGUAUAUGUGGAUAUGUAUAACUUAUAAAGCUACACCUAAAAUAAUUUUCAUACUUUAGAAAUGUUGAAUGAGAGGGGCAGCUAGGUGGCACAGUGGAUAAAGCACCAGCCCUGGAUUCAGGAGGACCUGAGUUCAAAUCCGGCCUCAGACACUUGACACUAGCUGUGUGACCCUGGGCAAGUCACUUAACCCUCAUUGCCUGCAAAAGGGGAAAAAAAAAAAAAGAAAAAAGAAAUGUUGAAUGGCAUAUUAUUCUCAAGAGAUAAUCUAAGGUUCAGAAAGUAGAAACAUAUAAUCCCCAUAUAAUUUUCAUAAGCUAGAAAAAAGUACAUCACUUACAAUGCUGCAGGAGAGAUUUUAGUGCAAGAGAAUUCAUACUAUUAAUUAAUGAAUAAAACCAGACAGCACUGUCCCUUGCCUAGCAUACAUUCGCUGAUUUAUUUAAAAAAAAAAAAGACAUAGACAAUUGGAAAAGUGAAAGAAGUUAUUGAAGGAAGUAACACACACUAGUACCCAAAUAACUGAAUGCUCUCCAAGGUACAACAGUCUUAAGGAGAGAGGGGUUGAAAAUCAUGUUACUUCAGUCUGAUUUUUUUGGAGUGUUCCUAAUUAUUGUUUUCCCGUGUUAUCCCACUCAUGCCCCUUGCUCUGGGUCAGAGAACCCCUUUUGCCAACAGGGGAACAUCCCUCUAGAGAGGAGGUCAAAAGUAACUGAGGUAAGGCUGGGUACAGUAUUUCCCCCUACUUAGAACAGCAAAACUAGGAGCAGAGACAACUUUCCAUAAAAUUUCUUCAACAUUUAUUGAAAGUUAAAAUUUACUGACCUCCAAACUCCAUUUCCUUUCAGGCUUCUAUUGUUCUUUGAAUUCUUAAACUAAGAUUCAUAACCUCCAAUAACCUUCAAGUAAUAUAGACUUUAUUCACUCCCAGGAAUUAAUCUCUCUAACUCUUCCCAACUAGGAAGGAAAAAAAAUUGUCCUAAGGGACUUUGUCAGCAGUGGCUUGAUUUAUGCAGUGGGCAUAAGUGAAAACCUGUCUUCUAAUGGUGAAAACCUGUGAUUUGUACCACAUAUGUUAAGAUUUCCUGAAUUGCUUUAUUAUAAAAGUACAGGGAAAGGUUAACCCAGUCUAGUGGGAAAUGCACUGGAUCUGGAAUAUUGGUUGUUUGGAAGUUCUGAUAUUGACUAGCUGUGUGACCUUGGCUAAGUCACUUGGCUGUUUGAUUCUCUGUAUAUGUAGGUAUUCUUGCUUUAUCAACUGGGACAGUAUGAAGAUAAAAAUGAAAUUAUAGAUAUUAAGUAUUUCAAUAAGUUAAGGCAUGAUUAUGCAGUUUUUAGUAUGCUAACUAAAAUCCAGAGAUUAUUCCCCAACACAUACAACCUGCCCUCACCCCCAAUAAGUUACAUAUCUUUUUUUUUUCUCUUCCCAGAGUGGGCCAUUCAAUUGAGUUAAUUUCUGAAGUUGGGGGGGGGGGGUGAUGGAUCUGGUUACCUCAAAAUUAAGAUUGCAGAAUUGUAAUUGGCUUUUUCCAAUGGACAGAUGGUGGCAUUUCAAAGCAUUUUGAAUGAAUUCUCAAAAUCAACCAGGUUAUAUUGAUUCUAUCAGAGAAGUCACCUCCCUUCAGCACCAAGAUUAAGCAAUUGAUUUUACCUGGAGCCUAAGAGGACCUGGCCUCCAUCAUCCAAUGAGUGGUUGAAAUUCAUUUCCAAGGGGGGAGAGAGAGGGAAACUGCAAAACAGACAGUGAUAUGCUACUGACUUCCAGUUUGAAGACAUCUUUUAUCUGUCAUUAAGUUUGAAGGACCACUUUUUCUUUCACUCUUGAGAUUUCAAAUAGAACCUGUGGAAUUUUCUAACAGGUUAAAAAAGCUAUUUGUAUAUAAAUUGUGAGGGUGAGGGAGGGAAGUAGCAAGACCACCCAGAGGUAUCAUGAAAAUGAUUCCCUUUGGGUCCAACAAGACACAACACACAGAUCAGAUUAUCCCAGGGGAUUUCAACACUUGUUUGGGGCAGGUUCUAGAAUGUUCCACAGUCUCCUAUUAUGUCUGGUUCUUCCUGGAAGCAAAUUCUCUAAUCAUUCUCAGCAAAGGAUAACACAUCAGUGGCAAUAUAGCACUUGGUAAGGUCUCUGGUGAUGUGGAUGUAGCCUCUCCCAGCUAGAAGCAAAACAGAUGCAACAAUGUGAGGGCAAUGAUGAAUGUAUGAGCAUCCACUCUUCCACGCACUGACGGGCUUACCCUUCUUCCUCUAUAAAUGAGGGGACUGGGCUAAGUAGGGUAUCACUGAUCAGUGUUGAGGGGAGAAGAGAAAUUCUAUAAAAGAACAUGGGGACCUUGGCAAUGGGUCUGAUCUGCAAGGAUCUGGUGCUUAGAGAGACCAUUCAUCCUGUUUGGGGAAUGAGAAUUCCUGGAGGGUAUGGACUCUAGCUAGGGAUGAGAUUUUGAGGUAAAUAGAAAAGAAAACAACUCCAAGGGAUAGAUAAGUGUCAAUAAUGAACUGCACAAUCAGGAACAUGGAAAGAUUCCUACCAUGGAAGAAUAUUCUCUUUAUCACCUGAAGUAACUGAUAUUUCUAAGACUUAAGCACAUCAGAAUUAGUGGGUCCAGGAGAACAAGGCAAUAACAGAAGUUGUAUAUAGAGAGAACCCAAAAUAGGUACCUCAAAACUAAAUAAGCAUAAGGACCACAAAUCAAAGAACAAAAGUCUAGGCUAGACAGAAAAAGAAAAAUUAUGAA